AUGGUUCUCCACAAAAUCUCCUCUCCGCACGACCCGCCGGAGUCCCACUACCACCUCGCCCAUCCGCCCAACUCCGCCGUCCACCACCCCGCCUCCGCCGCCGCCGUUCUCAGGCCCAAGGCCAGCGCUUCCAAGAGGACCGCCGCCGGCUCCCCGUCCAGCAGGGACCGCCACACCAAGAUCAACGGCCGCGGCCGCCGCGUCCGGCUACCGGCCCUCUGCGCCGCCCGUGUCUUCCAGCUGACCCGGGAGCUGGGCCUCCGCUCCGACGGCGAGACCAUAGAGUGGCUUCUCCGCCAGGCCGAGCCCUCGAUUGUCGCCGCUACCGGCUCCGGCACCGUCCCCGCCGAGGCCGUCUCCACCUCCUCCGGCGUCCUCCCGCCGUCCCCCGCUUCGUCCACCGUCCAGGCUGCCGCGGUCACCGUGGCAGCGGCGGCGCAGGGUGGCUGCAGGCUGGACCUUUGCCAGCCGCCGCCGUUGGAGCUGGGUUUUUUUCCGGACAGGUACCACCACAUGCCGUUCACGGCGUUGCUCCUCCAGCCGGCUGUGGUGGAGGCGGAGGAGGUGCACCGCCCGGCGGAUAGGAAUCAGGAGCAGUAA